AUGGAAAAAGAGAUCGAUGACUUGUUCCUAUAUGGGAGUGUUAAGAAGGUUGGGAAAGACAGAAUAAGGACCUUGGAGAAAUGCAUGGGAGACCUUCCAAAGAUAAACCCAAAUCUUGAGCAGGUGUGGACGAAGUGUAAAGAGAUUGAUUCAAGCUUGGAGCUGUACAGUAUCAAACUGGAGUCAUUGGCAAGAGAAAUGAAAGGGAUAGAAAAGGAAAAUACGAAGCUAGAGAACGAGAUUCAGUAUCAAACAUCCAUAUAUGAGCAUCUGAAGGAACUCCUGAUCAAUGUGGAGAUAAAGGAGGACCACUUUAUAACGUUAGAGAGCGAGUCCUUUGACAGUAUUGAUGGGCUUUGCAGGAUCGAGAAGGCACUGGAGGUGCUUGAUGGAUUCCAUGUGGAUGAGUAUGACAUCAGGAUAGUCCGAGAAAAGAAGGAAAGGAUCAACGAUGCACUGAGGGAAUUCUACAAAAGGUUUAUAACAUAUAUGGGGAGUUUUAUGGUUGACAGCGAAAGCAGCGGAGACCUGAAGGUUCACAAAGGUCUCUACGGGGCGAUCAAGAGGUUCAAGAAGAUAUUCCAACACUCGAAGAGGUAUAGAGAUUACUAUGUUGUUCUGUGCUCGAUAUACAUGGCACGCUCGAAGAAGUUAUAUGAAAGGGAGUUUGGGUUCCACUUGAAGACAGUUCUCCGGCUACUGAAAGAGGAUGUGACACAAGAUAAGAUGGACCGAAUAUUCGAGACUCUUUUUGAAUCGUACCGCAGCAUAGUGAAGUGUGAGGAUAGAUUUCUUAAGAGUAUGGAGAUCGAUGGGACAUGCCAAGAGAUCUUCCGAAACACAGGGCUCCUGAUUGUAGGAUUUGUCGAGGAUGCAUAUGACAUUGCAGAUAUCGAAGUAUUGAAUGGAUUGGGGAAAAUAUGGAAGGAAGUUGAGCCAGAUGAGGAUGUAUAUGGAUCUUUCCAGAAGGAGCUUAGAGAAGUAUAUGGAAGAUUAGAGGAAGAGUAUCUAAAGAAGAAGAUGGGCAAGGGAGAGAAUGGAGUUGGAAAGCUGGAAGAGAUCCUCAGCAGGUCCAGCAAUGAAGACCUGAAGAGAAAAGCAAUAGUUAUGGGAACACAGAGAAUUAUGGAGGAGGAAGACAAGGGAGACUUGAGAAGAAUAGUAAAGAGAUGGAGGCUUCUAGACUACAUGGGGAAGAAGUGUACCAAGGAGAUAGAAGAGGUUUUGGAUGCAGAAAGAAAAACCGAAUCUGAAUUUGAAAAGAGCUGUGCAGAUAUGAUUCUUGGUAGCGGAAAAACAGUCGACAAUGUGAAGAAGGUACUAUCUCUCAUCAAUGGAGAAAAGGGCUUCAAAACAAAGGUGAUCAGGAAGAUGAGGGAGAUGGUUUCAAACGACGUUGAGGAGAAGGAUGCAGAAGAUGCAGACAAGCUGCUGAGAGAGGCAAUGUAG